GUUUGUAGUAGUUAAACAUGGCUUUCAAAUUCGCUAUUUUAUUACUAUCUUCUGUCAUAAUUAAUAAUUCUGUAUCGCAACCAUCAACUAGAGAAGUUUUAUCAAAAGCCUUUGGUAUUGCUUAUGACUGUUACAAAUAUGAUGUACCCGGUUCUGAUGACCCUACGAUUCUUGACAAGUCCGACUUUUUAGAUUUUGUGGGUGAAUUCAGUUAUAACUCAGUUUCACUAGAAGCACCAGAUUAUAUAUCGUUUGACGAUUUUUCGGAACUCGUGCCUUUGAUUUGCAAAAAACAAGAUAUUGAUAUAAACGACUUCCUAAAAGAAAGAAUAGCAGCAGCUGAUGUAAUCUAG